CCACCCGGAAAGAGAGGAAAAGCGAGCUCUGGGCCCGCCAGGUGAGGGAAGGAACGCCCGCGCGCUCACCUCCGAAGAGGCGGGGCGCGGCUCUCGAUUACCCGCAGGGGCGGUGCUGGCCGAUCACCUGGGCCGAGGCGGAACUGAAGGGUCCGGUCACUGCCCGGAGAACCUGUAACUAAGACUCACCUGUGCGGGGGCCGGAGGCGGGACCGGGGCCAGAACUCACCUGAGCCGGUGGAAACCCGCCGCGGGUUCGCCCAGCGAGGAGGGGGAGGCGCCCCCGGCCGGCCCCAUCCGAGCGCCCCUCCGUGGGUCCGCGCGGCCGCCAUGACCUGGAGCGCCACCGCCCGGGGCGCCCACCAGCCCGACAACACCGCGUUCACUCAGCAGCGCCUCCCCGCCUGGCAGCCGCUGCUGUCAGCCAGCAUCGCGCUGCCGCUCUUCUUCUGCGCCGGCCUGGCCUUCAUCGGCCUGGGCCUGGGCCUCUACUACUCCUCCAACGGCAUCAAGGAGCUCGAGUACGACUAUACCGGCGACCUGGGCACCGGCAACUGCUCGGUGUGCGCCGCCAUCGGCCAGGGCCGCGCGCCGCCGCCCCGCUGCUCGUGCGCCUGGUACUUCUCGCUGCCCGAGUUCUUCCAGGGCCCCGUGUUCCUCUACUACGAGCUGACCAACUUCUACCAGAACAACCGGCGCUACGGCGUGUCCCGCGACGACGCGCAGCUGAGCGGGCUGCAGAGCGCGCUGCGCCACCCGGUCAACGAGUGCUACCCCUACCAGUACAGCGCGGCUGGCCUGCCCAUCGCGCCCUGCGGCGCCAUCGCCAACAGCCUCUUCAACGACUCCUUCUCGCUGUGGCACCAGCGCCUGCCCGGCGGGCCCUACGUCGAGGUGCCGCUCGACCGCACCGGCAUCGCCUGGUGGACCGACUACCACGUCAAGUUCCGCAACCCGCCGCUGGUGAACGGCAGCCUGGCGUUGGCCUUCCAGGGCACCGCGCCCCCGCCCAGCUGGCACCGGCCGGUCUACGAGCUCAGCCCAGACCCGAACAACACCGGCUUCAUCAACCAGGACUUCGUGGUGUGGAUGCGCACGGCGGCGCUGCCCACGUUCCGCAAGCUGUACGCGCGCAUCCGCCAGGGCAACUACUCGGCCGGGCUGCCGCGGGGCACCUACCGCGUCAACAUCACCUACAACUACCCGGUGCGCGCCUUCGGCGGCCACAAGCUCAUCACCUUCAGCAGCAUCUCGUGGAUGGGCGGCAAGAAUCCGUUCCUGGGCAUCGCCUACUUGGUGGUCGGCUCCCUCUGCAUCCUCAUGGGCUUUGUCAUGCUGGUCGUCUACAUUCGCUACCAGGACCAGAACGACGAAGACGAGGACGACGAGUAAUUCCUGCUUUCAGAGCACCCUUUCUGCUUCUUGCCAAAACGCUCUUGCAAGCUUCUUUUGGUUCCUCCCUCCCGACUGUCACCCAGUUCCAA